CACAUAAAAAUUUUACUCUAGAUUUUUAGAGCAAUCAAAUUCGCGCCAAUUCCAAAAAUCCUAAUUCAUAAUGAAUUUCUAUGAACACUUCAAGACUUGGGAAAUAGAUUUGUUGCGCUUGUGAACGGCGUGAGACUUUAUGCAUUUAUUUAUCAGUGUACAGCACCUUCUAUAUAUUUACAAAAUCUUUUCUCUUAAAAAUGGGGCUAACAUACCUGAACGUUUCAGAUCAGAGAAGUUUGUGAUCGUUUGCCGUAUCAUUCAUUGAAACAAUAUUUUUAUCUUUUUUACAUAUGAUAUGGACGAAUAAAACUAAGAUACUGGUACUAAAUUAUGCAAAUUUUUGAGACAGCAAAAAAUUUUUGUUAAUUGAUAUUGAAUUUAAAGCCAUCAGGAAAAGCCAUCAGUUCAAAUAUCAAAACAAUUUCCGUUAAUUUUUAAUAUCUCGAUAAUUUUGAUAUCUACAGUAAAACUAUGGCAAUUUCGAGAAUAAUUGGUAAUUUUGAGAUAUUGAUAGGAUAUUUCUGUGCAGCGUUAUAUCAUUAUGACCAAUAUUUCACCAUCACAGAAUGACGCGCGAACGUCUCUUGCCGAGAGGCGUGCAUAUCUUCCUUCGAUCUGUUGAUUGAUCUUCGAGCUCUGAUGAAAGGAGGAACCCAUUCAAGUUGUGGCAGCGCUAUUAUUGGUCUGAGAUAUUUCUUGCCAGAAAAAUUAUUGGCUUUAAAAUGCACUGCUCAAUAAUUGUUUGUUCAAGGUAUAUUACCAGUUAGCAGCGAAUGGGAACAAUAAAUAUUGGGUUUUGUGAUAUGAUCGAUUAAUCUGUACGGUAACGUGGACAAAGAAAACUUCCAUUGCAUAUAAAUAGGAAGUUCCUAUAUUUUCACAUGCAUUGGAAAAACAGGCAAAAAUUAUUUUUUUACCGAGUAACAUUCCUCGAUGAGAAUUCGGCAUUUAUAGAUUACUACAUUUCAACAACUUCUUAUUUUUACCUUCUCUUCCUUUUCUGAUUCAUUAAGUGGCAGGUUGUACGUAGAAACUAAACUCUUACAUCAGUUUUCUUCGUACGCAUCUGGAAAAUUAUCAUCAUGAAAGAAUCAAAGAGCAGCAGUAGUCACCAGCGCCUGUUUGUGCGUCUCAAAACUCGUCUUCAGUUCGACAACGACUUCAAACUAAUGGCGGUGCUCACGGUGGCAUCGUUAGUUUUAUCCACGAUUUUGAUCUAUAAAUACUGCAUCAAAGAUCCGAACGUCACGGUAUUAACUGCAAACAGCCUUCAACCUAUUCCAGGCGGUAGCGGCAAUUACGCCGUGGAUUACGAAAAUAUUCAGCCGAGCUGGUCGGACUUCUACGCCUACAUCAAAGAAACCGUGGACGCUUGUCGGAAUAUGGUGAAUAUUGCCUUGUAAUUACCAGUAUAAAAGUUUUUACAUGGA